UGCUAAGGGCGGCCGCCAUGGCGGCGCCGCCGCGGCUCGGGGCUUUCUUCGUCUUCGUCCUCAUCCUCAUCCUCCUCCUCCUCCUUCCGCCGCCGCCGCCGCUCCGGGCGGAAGGGCCGGCCGAUACAAGUGAUGCCGCACAGGCGCGGGUCCGCAGCGCGCCGGCCCCGGUCACGGACGUUGCCAGGCUCUGUGUGUGCGACCUGCUGGUGGCACAGUGCGACACCAACUGCUGCUGUGACCCCGACUGCAGCGCCGAGGACUUCAGCCUCUUCACCACGUGCUCCAUCCCCGUGGUCAUGGGUGACAGCCAGCUGUGUAGUCAGAAAGCUGCUGUGUAUUCUCUUGAUGUUGAAGCAAAUCCACCAGAAAGGAUAUUUAAAAUAAUUGACCAAGUCAAUCCCAGUAUUUUCUGCAUUCAUGCUACAAACUAUGAACAAGCCCUGUACUUCAAAUCCCCUGAAAUCCCAACUGCAGAAAAUUUUGAUGAGUUGCUUGACAAAUUUGGAGGUGCAACUUUCAGUGCUGAGCCUGACAGCUGGAAUUUGGAUACAGAUGCUCAAAAUCCCCCUGAGGCAAAUGAAACUUCCAGAUAUGAGUAUGGGGUUCCUGUCCAGACAGAGGAUGCAUUUCUGAGGCUGCCAAGUCCUGUUUUCUCUUCUUGGUGCUCUGAUGCAAAUCCUGCAGGGUUUUUAGUAAACCAAGCCACAAAAUGCAUUAGAUCAGUAAGUGUGGAAAAAUGUGACAGCAUUCAAGCACUUAGCAUGUUGUUUUAUAUCAACUCCAGCAUUUUGGCAGUGCCCAAAUCAAAUCAGAUGGUGAACAUCACUGUCCAGUCCGUAGUUGUCCAGUCUGUGAAUGGAAUGAGGACUUUACUGAGCAGCAGUGAAGCCCUGAGGCUCCCCAUGGUUUUGGAUGAGCUGUGCAUCAAUGCAGUGCUUGGGGUGAAUUAUCACAUUACCCACACAGACACAGGAGAAAUAAUAGAAGCUUCUGCAGCUUUUGUCUUGGGGGCAAUUAGCAGAGAAGCACUUUCAAUAGAGCAGAGCUUUGAAAUCAGCUUCACUCAGGAGAACACACAGCCAGUUCCUCUGAGUGGCAAUCCUGGUUAUGUUGUUGGGCUGCCUGUCAGAGCAGGAUUCCAGCCUCAAGGAUCUGGCAUCAUUCAGAGUAGUAACAAACACAGCCAGCUCACCAUUCUGCACAGCACAUCCACCCAGGACUGCCUGGCAGCACAGGGAGCCAGAGCCCCAGUAUUAUUUGGUUAUAACAUGAUAUCAGGCUGUAAGUUACGAAUUACAGCAGCUAUGAAAUGCCAGCCUUUGGCUCAGACCCUCCUUGAUGUGCUGAAGGGCCAAAGCUUUCCUGAGUACGUGGCCUCAUUUGGGAAUUCUCAAGCCCAGGAUGUGCUUGACUGGGUGCCAAUAACUCAGCUCCACAUCUCAGAACAGAGCUCAUGCCAAAUACCUGUGUCACUGGGAAUAGAAAUAAAGUGGACUAAAUAUGGAUCCCUGGUCAAUCCCCAAGCCAGGAUAGUGAAUGUUACAGCCACAAUCACUAGCACCACACUGAAGCAGCUUCCCUCAGGAAGGGAAAGGAUUAUUCCUGUAACAAGUUCUGUGGUUUUCACUGACAUUUCUUCACCUGCAGAGCCAAGCUACAAAGCUUGGCCCACCAUUAACAUCAAGUUACCCUUUGACUUUUUCUAUCCCUUUGUCUAAGUUCUUUUGAUCCAUGGAUUUAUGAGCUGUGGGAACAAAGAACUUUGCAGCCCCAUGGGCUGUGAGGGAACAGGAGUGAAAAGGGAAGAGGAGAUGAGGAAAUGCAGAAUCAGAACUGGGAUCUGCUGCUGGAACAAGGCAUUGUUUGACGUAAGAUGGCACAUGUUUGCCUCUAUUUUGGGGCUGAUUUCUUUGUCAGGGAAAGGAGUGGUGUGUUGGUGUUUCUGAAAUGAAUGUUAUAUAAAUAACAAAGUGGCACAAGCAGCAACAGAAAUGAGGAAACUACCAACAGUGUGAAAAGAAUGGUUGGCAAAGAGAUGUAUUGAUGAUGAGCAGGCAGCUGGUGGAGAAGAAAAUACCUUUUCAGUCUGGGUUGUUAUCAUUUGUACUGCAAGUUUGCUGCAAAUAAAGAAUGUUAUCACAAAAAAAAAAUUAUUUUAAAUAAGUGGUACUUUUCUGGAUGUAUAGCUUGUAAAGAUGUGUCUUUAUUAAAUUAUUUUUCAGUUUUGACUGUACAACUGUACAAGAAUGGAAAAAAAAAAUUACUGUUUACAGGGACUAUGUGUGAUUAAUUUUCCAGUAGAACUAUUUUUGCCAUCCCAAGGUCUGAUCAAAGCGGGGUCAAAUAGAAAAUAUUUAUAGAAAACACAAUACAAGAGGAAGCAAAGAGACAGAAAACCUUUCAGGUCAAGCUGGCAGAUUCCAACACUGCAAUCUUCAAGCAGAAUUCCCACCUUGGAAGACUGGCCUCUUAUUUUUGCUGGCUGAGGAGUCCAUGCUGUUUCAAUAUGUUAUUCAGCCUCUCGAUUUCUUGCUCCU